UUAACGUCACACUAAACAAGUGUAUAUAAUGCUGGAUCAUAUAGAGAAAGGGUUUAGUUCUUAGAUUAGACAAAAGAGUUUCCGACAAGUGCACAUCGGGAUCCCAGAAACAUGAGGACUGUGGCUCUUGUGUGUUUUUGUCUCCUAUAUUCCAGCUGCACCAGUAGCAGUUUGGAAAAUAUAUUAGUGGAUGAUGUGUAUGAAUUACUCUGGAAAAACAAUAUAGGGAUUGCCUAUGAUACCUAUGGGUCAGAAUUCCUGAGAGAAAUGGAGAGUGGCACGCUGCAGGCGGAGAAAUACAUCAACUUCACCUUACAGGACAUCAACUAUUUAGUAAAAGUGACUGAGAUGUUGAGGGAAAUGAGUGAAAGAGUUACAGAGCCUGAGGACGUCAGAGAUUUCCUAAAUGGAAGAUAUCAAAGUUACAAGACUUUCGCCGACUCAAUGAUCCAGCAGUAUUUUUUCAAAGAUCAAAACCUUGCCAUCAAAGAAACUCCAGCUAUGGAGAAGUAUCUUUCAGAUUACAGAACAUUUAUGAAGGAUCCAUUGGAUUUCAUCGUAGCUCUUCUGCCCUGCACUAGACUCUGGGUGUGGUUGGCUAAUAAAAUGAGUAUUCCUCAAAACAGUCCCUACUACACCUGGAAAGAAAGCAAUAUGUACUGCCAUCCUGAGAAGUACAAACCUCUGCUGAACAAGUAUCUCAACACACCCGACAAAGUGAAGCGUGCUAAUGAUGUGUUCUGUACUCAGAUGCAGAAUGAGUAUCAUUUCUUUACCAGUUCUUUAGUGAUUGACGGUUUCUGUACUAUCAUAGGCAACAAUGAAAUCAAAUGUUAUGAUAAAAAUGUUUUUAUCAAUGUGUGAUUAACCUUUCAUUGAAGCAGAGAGAUUGUUUAACAUCCUAAGAUGCGUACUUUGCUUUUUGUGAUGCGUCUAUACACUGUUUUAAGGAAAGUUACUGUGAUUUUUAUUUGACAUUGUUCUCAAAUCUCUCCAAUAUUACAAACAAUAUCCGUAAAUUAACAACUGUUAUUUUACGUAUUGUGACAUUUAGAGUACUGCACAUUUUUAUACAGAAAAAUUACGUCUGUUUUCUUAAAUUACAUACAAAUGUAUGAAAAAUUUCAAAAUAAUCUGUAAUUAAACACACUGUAAAAAAUGAUAUGUGAU